AUGGCAAGUAAUAAUGGUAUUAAAUCAUUAUAUAUUGGUCAACAACCUUCAUGCAAAAUGAGAUAUUAUCCUUCAUAUACUGAAGCCAAUAUUGAUCCAACUCUAUUCCUUACUGAUUAUUCAGUGAUGUCAAAUAAGGAUUUUCAAGAAGUAUUAUUAACAAUAACGACAUCCGAUGCUGACAGAGAUUAUUUACUUGAUCUAUUUAAGAAUGAAGCAAUAUUUAACUAUUCUCGUCAAUUGGCACAAUCCAUCAAUAAAUUAACUUAUUCAAAAUUACAACAUGAACAAUGGACCUAUUAUUAUAAUCUUGGUAUGACAGAAGGUAUUUGGAGUGGGCGAGUAUCGAAAAAAAUGGCUCUGGUUAAUUCAAUGUGCUACACGUAUGGUCGAGGAAAAGCACUGAUUAAAGAACGGCAAAAAUAUUUUCAACAACAAAUCGAAGUUAAUACACAUGAGCUAGAUGAACAUAGAAAACAAACACCUGCUACGAUAGAUACAGAAAAACUCAUUUCUAUAAUCACUGCUUUUAUACAACAAGACCAAUCUAAUUUACGUAUUGAACUGGAUAGACGGAGAGCUAUGCUCAAAUUCGAUGCAAAAGAUCAUCAAUUAGUUGAAGCCUUCUAUCAAUUAAAACCAAGACAAACCGAAGUGCGUCUAUUUAUCUUAGAUACAUUUUAUGCAUUUUCUUUUGAUACUAUUUAG